CAACAUAGUCACAAGCUCCAAUUCUUUUUUAUUUUUGGAUUCUUUCUUCUCUCUAUUCCCCCCUCUGCACCAAAAUUCCCAUUUAAUUUAAAAAAAAUUAAAACGUUUUAUUUUGUUUUUACUGCAGAGAUCCUUCAACUUUCCUGUAAUUUCCUUUUCCUCAAUUUUUUUUUCACCGUCGAAAACCCUAGCUUCCGUACGAAUUCGAUUCCCGUAAGUUCUGAAAAUCGGAGCUUUUUCCGUGUCUACCGGGUUAGGGUUUCCGAUUCGGGUUGCAGAUCGCUGGGUCUCGGAACCCUAGUUCUUGGUUUGCCUCUUAUGGGCAAAGGUUGGAUCUUCGGGGGAAGGUAGGGUGUCGUUUGAUCGGCUUCGUGUUUUGUUCGUCGGGAUCCGGUUUCAUGUAUGGAUUCGGGUUUAAUUGAUUUGAUUUCGAGAGAGAGGGUCCGGUGGGGCGACGCUUGCAAAGUCUAUACCCGAAAGGGUAAACGGAAGGCCGCUUGUAGAGCCGACUACGUAGAAACAUACGCCGCCGCCGCCGCUACCACUACCUCGACACCACAGGCCAAUAUUCCCAACGGCGAUACCCCUACGGAGAAAUCUGAUGUUCGACAACCGAAUCUGCAAACCCUACCGUCCAACGGCGAUUCCCAGAGGGAGAAAUCUGGUGUUCAAGACCCGAAUCUGCAACCCCUUGAAUCCCAAGGACCAAAGCUACCGAAUCAAGAUAAUGAACAGAGGGAUUCCCGGAAUCAGAUCCAAGCGACUCUGAGCGUGAGUCCUAUACGGGAUGCAGGCACCCGUCACAGGAAGGUGGUAGUGUCCAAUCGUAAGAAAAGACAAGAUGAUGGAAUUGAGCCUGUGGGGGAACUUGAUGGAAGUUAUGGGUUUCGCCACGUGGUUCUGGAGAAUAACACAGACAAGCCUGAUGGAUGUCGACCUGUGCUGCAGGGGAAUCAUGCAGGCAAACCUAAUGGAAUUGUCGGAUGCGAGCCUUUGGUUCUAGAGAAUUGCAUAAAUGAGUCAGGUGGAAGUGUCCCGUGCCAGCAAAUGGUUCAGGAUAAUCACCGAGACAAGCCAGAUGGGAUUCCAGAAUGCCAACCGGUGGUGCAGGGUAAUCACACAAACGAGCCAAAUGGAAGUCAUUGUAGCCCGCCUAUGGUACAGGAUAAUCACACAGAUGAGCUAAAUGGAAGUAUGGGCUGCCGGUCUAUGGUGAAGCCUAAUCACAUAGACAAGCCAAAUGUAAAUUUUUGUUGCCAGCCUGUGGUCGAGGAUAAGCACAUAGACAAGAUUGAUGAACGUAUAGACUGCCAGCCUAUCAUGCAGGAUAAUCACUUGCAAAAAACGGACGGAACUCUUCCGCAGAUGCCUGCGAGGCAGGACAAUCCCAUAGAAGAGACCAAUGUAAGUUCCCAAUGCCAGCAGCCUGUGUUACAGGAUAAUGAGCUGCUAUCUAUGCACCGGGCGGAGAUUGAGAUGGUGAAAUCUAGCCCUAUCUUCACUAGGAUGGAAGAUAAGGUUAGGAUUAAUUUUUCAGGAGUAAGGCCUGCAGAUGAGAUUAGGGAUCUUAUGAAGAAACUAGAGAAUGAGCUCUAUCAGGUCAGGGUUUUAGUAAAUAAGAUUGAAGCUAAUGAGCAGCAUCAGCUAACAGCCUAUGAUAAUGAUGUUGAUGUUGAUAAUAUUGGGAGCAGUUGUGCUAUUUCUGGUGAUUUUGUCCAUGCACUUGGGCAGCCACAGUUUCCCCAGAAUUAUGCCAUCAAGAACAGAACUUUAAUGAGAGUGAACUCAGAGAUAGGAUCAGUCGGGCACCAAUUUAGGCCGCCAAGUAUUGUAGUCACAGAAAGAAAUCACGGGGUUGGUGAGCUUUUGGAAAAGGAAAAAAGGACACCAAAAGCCAAUCAGUUUUAUGCAAAUUCAGAGUUCUUACUCGGAAAGGAUCGCUUGCCUACUGAAAGCAAUAAAAAGUCGAAGCCCAAUGGUUCUAGGAAAAAGCACGGCAAUGAAUUUGGCCGUGGUUUUGGCUUUGGGUAUGAAAAGCACAAGAAUCAAGUAUUUAGGAAAUGCAGUGCCCUUCUUCAGAAAUUGAUGAAGCACAAUUUUGGUUGGGUGUUUAACACACCGGUAGAUGUUUACGCUCUUGGACUGCAUGAUUAUCAUGACAUUAUUAAACAUCCCAUGGAUUUAGGCACAAUUAAGACCAGGCUUUCCCAGAAUUGGUACAAAUCCCCAAGGGAGUUUGCAGAGGACGUGAGGUUAGUGUUUCGUAAUGCCAUGAUAUAUAACCCGAAGGGCCAGGAUGUUCACAUUAUGGCAGAACAAAUGUCCAAGAUGUUUGAAGAGAGGUGGGCAGUUAUAGAGUCUGAAUACAAUCCGAAUUGGAGUGUUCAAAUAUAUCACGAUUCGGGUUUGCCCACUCCCACAUCUACAAAAACGGCUCCACCCACCUUUGCCCCCGCUCCUCUCUCAGCAAAUAUUCCUGCUUCUCAAACAAGGACUUUUGAUAGGUCUGAGUCAAUUACGAGGUCAGCCGAUACCAGAAGGAAGUCGUCAUUUCCUUUUAGAACUCCGGCUCCUAAGAAACCCAAAGCUAGGGACCCCAACAAACGGGACAUGUCAUACGAGGAGAAACAGAAACUCAGCACAAACCUUCAAAGUUUACCUUCAGACAAGCUUGAUGCUGUUGUUCAGAUCAUCAAAAAGAGGAACUCAACACUCUCCCAACAUGAUGAUGAGAUCGAAGUAGAUAUUGACAGUGUUGAUGCAGAGACACUUUGGGAACUUGAUAGGUUUGUAACCAAUCACAAGAAAUGUCUGAGCAAAAACAGGAAGAAGGCUGAAAUUGCCCGAGCCAGAGAAGCUCAGACUACUGCUGUAACUGCCCCUUUUCCUGAGGUUGCUGAUUCACAGAAUGCAAGCAGAGGUGGAAAAGGGAAUUAUCCACCAACUACUUCCCCUCCCCCUGCUCAAGGUGAAAGGCUUGUGGAUAAUGCUAGUAGGUCCAGCAGUAGCUCAAGUAGUUCUAGCAGUGAUUCGGGGUCGUCUUCAAGUGAUUCUGAUAGUGAUAGUUCUUCUGCGUAUGGUUCAGAUGCUGGGCGUUAGCUGUAAGGGCUUUGUGUACUAUUUGAAGAAUGUGUGGGAAGCUCCAUCAACUAAUAACCAGAACAGAAAAGCUGAAUGGCUCAGCCAUUAACAUUGAAUUGAACCAGCCUAGUCUGGAAUGACCGUCUGUUUGGGGAAAAAGCAAACUUACAGGCAUGCAUAGCGAAGUGUUAUGAAUGGAUACAUAUUUUGUUGGAUUGCAGAGGAUAUGCCUCGCUGCACGGGUAAAGAAAGGAUGUAGUAUAUGUAACAUUUGUCUUCUUUUUUCCCCUCUUGACUUUACUAUUGAACCAACAACAUUUCAAUUCCUUCUCUCUACUUUUGAGUAGAGAGUUGUGUACUGAGUGCAUAUGAGUGAUAUAAAAGAGCACUUUGUCCUCGUCGUAGAUGUGGGUAAAUUAUCCUGGCUCUGGAUGUUUCGCCACUUUUGAAACCCCCCUAUGAAAACAACCAAAAUAACCUCUAAUUAAGAGCAACAACAACCAAUAUCAAAAGGAAAAAAUGUAUUUAACCUCAAAAUAUGUGUAAAUGAGUAGUAAAUGUGGUGAGAGGUCCACGUUGUGGCAUCACAAUGCUGACUCCACCCCUAACUUUCCGUCAUAGCCCAAAGACAAAAAUGACUAUUAGCAGCAUUAAAGUCUUUCAUAAGAUAUACUCCCUAUGUUUGCAAAACAAUUAUGUUAUCACCUUUUUUGUGUGUCCGAAAUUGUGUUUUAUUUUCUUUUAAAAUAAGGACUAUGGAUCAUACUGUACUAUUUUUUCAAUUGCUACCUCACUUUUAGAGCAUUAAUCCAAUUUGGCUUAAAAGUAAAUUAUUUCUCAAAUA